AGUCACCAGUUUCGAUCUGAGUCAGUGUGACUAUCUGUCUUUCUUUCUCCUCUGCAAUCUUGCAAUGGCACAAACACAAACCCAGAGACCCUGUUCAAGCAUCAUCGAUUCUCUGGGUGAAGAAAUCGUGAGAAUCAUCGCACCCGUUUCAAUAUGCAUGUUCUUGGUCGUUAUAUUGGUGUCAAUUCUGAACACCGAUUCUUCUCUCUUCGACGCAUCGAUGAGCAUGGUCGCCAUGGCCUAUACCGAGACAACCUCGGACUCCACCUGGGACAAAUUCCUUGGUGCCCUUUUGAACUCUCUGGCUUUCGUCGUCCUCGUCACCUUCGCAACCUUCAUCCUGGUUCUCCUCUUUUACUUCCGAUGCACCAGGUUUUUAAAACUCUAUAUGGCUUUCUCCACUUUCAUCGUGCUGGGGUUCCUCGGCGGCGAAGUCUCUCUGUUCUUGAUCCAACAGUUUAACACCCCCGUUGAUUGCAUUACGUUUUUCCUCUUGCUAUGUAAUUUCGCCGUUGUGGGUGUUUUGACCGUGUUUAUGUCAAAAAUGGCAAUUUUUGUGACGCAGGGGUAUUUGGUUAUUAUUGGAAUAUUGAUUGCUUAUUCGUUUACUAUGUUGCCUGAGUGGACCACCUGGGCCUUGCUUGUUGCUAUGGCGCUGUAUGAUGUUGCUGCAGUUUUGUUACCAAUUGGGCCGUUGAGGCUUUUGGUGGAGCUUGCAAUAUCAAGGGAUGAGGAAAUUCCCGCAUUGGUGUAUGAGGCUAGACCAGUGAACCAUGGUAAUUUGAGUCCUAGGGAUCUUGUGCAGAGGAGGCGGUUAUGGAGAGAAAGGAGGGUUGAUAAUUCAUAUCUUCAAACUGAUUCCAACUCAGCAUUGGGUCAUGGAUCCAGUGUUGAAUUUCCCUCCGGUUCUGACGGAAGCCCCAGCAAUAACUUAAACAUGGUUAUGGAGAAUGCCUCUAGAAAUGCAAAUCUAAUAGCUAAUAGUUCUGGUGGCUCUUAUGGUUGCAUAAGUUUGGUGAAUGCAGAAGAGGAACCAGUGCGCGUUCAUGAGACUGAUUCAGACCUUUCUGCGCCCUUGAUUGAUCGUGGAAUGAAUGUCCAGCACGGUAGGGGGGAAGAUGCUGUGCCAAGUGAGAAUUUGAUGCUAGAAGGAAUUGGAUUGGGUUCUUCUGGUUCAAUCAAGUUAGGGCUGGGAGAUUUUAUCUUCUACAGUGUUUUGGUUGGCAGGGCGGCAAUGUAUGAUUUUAUGACGGUAUAUGCAUGUUAUCUUGCUAUCAUUGCGGGUCUUGGCAUAACUUUGAUCCUUUUGGCUUUAUAUCAGAAGGCUUUGCCUGCUCUUCCUGUGUCAAUAGCACUGGGUGUGUUGUUUUAUUUCUUGACAAGGCUCCUACUUGAAGUAUUUGUAGUACAAUGUUCUUUAAAUCUCCUGUUGUUCUAAGGUUAGGAAUCUUAUUGUUUGGUUUGGUACUUUUGUACCGAACUUAUGACAUGACCACGAAUAUUAUUAGUUAAAAUCUUGGCUUCAUGCCCAUCUUUAGCUGUAAGGUUUUCAGGAAAUGUAUAUUUACUUUAUAGCAAUUCACUUUUGAUGCCUUUUUAUUUAGCUCUAAGGAUGUCUUGUGUAUCUUAUGGCGAAGGGAAAUGCAGAUGUGGGAAUCUAACCACCUACCCUCCCCCACCAUUGUGCUACUCAAACAUCAGGUGAGAGAUAUCAGUUGUGCUUAUAGGGUCGAAUUUUGAUACUUUUUUUUUAUUAAACCGUUUGUUGAUUUUGUUCUAUAAUUCCUUUCUUUUCUGGUUGGUGCUUAGAAAAAGCCUAGCUUACUGCAGAUUUAGGAUCUGUGACUGCAAGCAUUCCAUUCCUGAUAUCGAAAGUAGAAGAGGUGCCAAUUGUUUAUAACAUGCUUUAGCUACUGAAUUCCUAUCAGUGUCAAAAGAUGUCAUUGCUUGUCCAGCUAAUUGUGAAGCAUAGCAUUCAAUCACUCUAUUGAAACGCUUAAAUCCAAGUUUUUCUUUAAGCAAUAUAUAACUGUAAGUUUUUGUAGAUGAUAGAAAUUCACUUUCAAAAAAAUAAAAUAAAAUCUAUGGAAGCACUGAGCCAAAUAGAGUGAUUGAAUUGUAAUGCAGAGCCAAAUAAAGAAGAGGUAGGAAACCUUUGACUUGUAACUAUCUCCUUGUCUGAAAUGAAAAGGCAUGUGAUAUUUCUUAA